AUGUACCACAAUUGUGAGACAAACUAUCAAUCAGAUCGACAGCACUCGCAUGUUUGCAGAUACGGUGGCUUCUGUUUCAAAUUUCAUGAUCAAGAGCAUGUAAGAACUGAAAGUCAUCCGUUUUUAACACCGUGCCCUUUAACUCCAUAUCAAUGUGAACUUCAUAAUCAAUUUUUACAGCGGAAUGAUUCACAAGCACCUGAUAGCACCGUCGAAUCCCAUUGUGAUCAAUUUUCACAUGUUUGUCCAUGGGGAAUGCAAUGUAAUGAUCGGACAAACACACAUCAACAAACGUCAAUUCAUAUAUUCCGAAGAAUCUGUCCAUAUUUUAAUCGUUGUCCGCUACUCACUAAUGAAGCACAUCUCAAUACUUUCACACACAUUGGCGUACGAGACGUUCGUUUGAUAUGUCCAUCGAACGGUAUUGCAUGUCCGGAGCGAACGAAUCCAAAACACACGAUCUUAUAUCGACAUAACGCGAAUAAUGAUUACCUAGGUGUUGUUCUCUAUUCAGGAUUGAACGACCAGAUUAACUUCUGUCGAAAUCAAGAGGAACUACUCAAAACUGUAAAUAAAUACAUUAGAUCUAACCGAUGGAGCAAAGGUUAUAUUACAGCUGAUAUUAUCAACUGGAUUCGUGUUCUCCAACCAAUACAUCGGUGUGGACAAGAUGUUUUCGAAUCUAUUCUUUCACACGGUCAUGUGAUGAGUCAUCAUCAGAUGACAUUAUUGAGAUACAGCCAUUUCAUAUCUCACAUUACUCAACAGCAUCCUGAGGUUCGAAGAAUAACUCGACAUCGAAGGAAUUCGUCAACAGAAGUGCAUAUAUGUGACUUUAUUAGAGAACUUGUUGACAUCGGAUUGAAUCGACGAGAAAUAAAGCUUAGUGCACAAGCGUUCGUUUUGGUAGAAGAAAAACUCGACACAGAAUCAUCAUUAGAAGAUUACGUCUUAAAUGAUUUACUUAUUCCAGACAGUCGAUUGCAUGAUCUUAUGCAAAAAUCGUCUCUUACUCCCAAUGAAAUUCGAGUAAUUUGCCAAUACAUACAUGGCAUCAUUCAGACUUCUGCUCAAUUGGAUGUUAAUCCAACAGGAAUCGGUUAUUCGGUUGAUAAUUCGUUAAAUACAGAUAAACAAAUAUUUACAGUUGUAGGACCACAUCUUGGUCACUAUUACGGAGAUAUUCUUCUCGUGUUUAAGCGAGAAAUCAUGCUUCAUCCUGAUUCACAUAUGUCCAUUCAAGCGGCAACUACGUUUGGUCCGAGUAUGAAUGCAUAUCGAUUCCGACCAUGGUUAAUCGAUCCCAAAACGCCAGCAAAUCGUAUUCAACAAUACCAUAACACAAAACUACAUUGUUCUAUUCCAGGUUAUGAACGUACAGCAGCAACAGAAUUGAUUGCUUUGACCGGCUUGAGAAAAAGAACGAUGAAUAUUGAUCUUAACUCAAUCAAGAACCAUUGGAUGAAGAUCGAUUCACACGAAAUUUUCGAAGGAAAUCUACCGCAACUGAUUCCUUUAGAUUAUAUCGAUCAUAUUUAUAUGCCUAGAAAUGUAUUUCAGUCUUUGUCAUCAAGAGCGCAAUCUGCUGCUCAAAAAAUGUUUGGAAAAUCAUUAACAAUAACCGAUCAUCUCGUCGAUUUAGACUAUGAUCUACGCGGACUAGAUACUGAACUGGAUGUUACACGCAUACCUUAUCAAGAAUAUGUGAUCAAUGAAAUAAAUUCAACAUUAAAUCGUAUGGUGGAUGAAGCAUCUUUCUUACAAGGCACAAUGAUAACUUUACCACCCAGUCACUUCAAAGGAUAUGUCAUGUUACCCAUCACGAUUUCUCAAUCGUUUUACAAUUAUCAUCGCACUAAUAAGAAGAAUGUUGAAGAUGAUAAUAAGCAAACUUCCAUUUGGAUUUAUUGGGAAGCUAUGCACGGUGAUAUGAUGGUAACUAUAUCAAAUUCACCGAUCAUUGCUGGUCGUCGUCAAGAAUACAUCCGAUGUCUGACUUGUUAUGUUGCUGUAAUGCCAUCAAACGAUUCAGACAACUCUCAGAAAUCGUUCACGUACUUGACGGCCGGUUCUUUAAUCGAUCAUCAAGAGGUUAUAGACGAAAAUCGAUUCAACGCAAGUUCAAAUACAUUUCAUUAUGGUUGUAAUGCAAACGAUUAUGUUGGCUACUGCCUGAAAAUCAAUCGACAGACAGGAGAUGUGACUUUAUCAUAUGCAGGUUCGAAUAAAGUUUAUAAUCGUGAAAUAAUCAAAUGUCAACUUGGUAGUCAGCUGAAUUUAUCGAAACUUGAGUAUGUUCAUAUUAGUGCUGGAAGACAAACUGUACCUGUUAGAAAUAUGAUUAUUCGGCAUGAACCAUUACACGAAUGGUACCAAUACUACGAUGCUGUGAAUUCGAUUCAGUCUGUAAGCUAUCCGACUGUUGAGCAGUCAUCACACUGGAUUUCUACGACGCUUGAUCUCGUUAUUCAUCAUCCACAGUUAAUUUCUGUAUUAAUCUCUAUGUUUUACGAAAGUAUUCAGUUUUUAUGCGAUGAAAAUUAUCGUAUCGAUUCUGAUACAUAUGUACGGAAUUCAGUGAGUCGUUAUGAUCUAUUGAUUGUAGCUAAAAUCGCAGAACGUAUGACAACAUAUUUUUGUGAAUGUGUCAACGAAUGUGAAUACAAACGUGAAUUUAAGUAUGCUCUCUAUCGUAUGAGCAAACUUGAAGACUCAGAUGGUCGUAUUGCAUGCAUUACUAUUUUAUGUGCAUUUGGCGAAUUAACUGUUCAACUAAUUGAAAUAUUAGUUGAAUAUACUCUCAAUGAUUCUUGUUCAGAAGAAGUCAGCUACAGCUAUUUGAGUAUGAUUCGUACAGUUGAAACAGAUGGACCACUGGAAAGGAUACUGUACUAUCUUAAAUCUAGUUCAACGGAUAUUCGCGAUGCAGCAUCGAAUCUACUGACUCAUUUGACUCGGACAUCCGUCAUUCAGAUGGAUACUGUAGGUGUUGAAAUAGCUCAAAUAAUCAAUAAUUGCGUAACAAGUAAACAGAGUCAUAUUAAUUCGAAAAAAAACGGACAACCGUCCCAAGGUUGA